GAGAAUUGUCAAAUAUGUGUGUUAUGUAUAUUUUGAAUGAAAUGAUGAGAUUCAAGUGCAUGAAGGUAUAAGACUACAAUUUGUUGAAGUUGAUAGCAACACGUGCAUCACGAUGUGCUCUAUUCUAUAACACAAUUUAAUAUGCUUGGGAUGCACCAUAAUAACUAUAGCUUGAAUUGAAACGCAUCUGUAUAUAAAAUUGAAGAGAGUAGGCCAUGACAAAAGUUCAUAUUUUUCCAAGAAUAUAUAACAGAUGUCUAACCUUGGUUCGUCCAUCGAGAGGCUUAAUAGUCUGAGUCCUGUAAUUGCUAAAUUUGAAGCCUUGAAGUUAACAAUAAUAAUUAUAUGAUAAUCUAAUUUUAUAUUGGCUGCCUGCUUUCCAACUCCAUUGUUUUCUGUCUUCUUUAGCUAUUUUCUUGUUCUUGUUCUUGUUCUUGUAUUUAUUUUGUACAUCCACUCCAUUUGCUGCCAUUCGCAAAAUGACAUUUGCCUUCUUCCUAUAAGAACUUCUUGUUCUUGUUAUUGCGGAGCUUAACUAAUUAAUCUUACUGUCAUAUUGCCAUGGAUGUUCAGAAAUCUAGAGACACACCCACAACCAUUUUGAUGCUUCCAUGGAUUGGCUAUGGCCAUCUCUCUGCCUACUUGGAGCUAGCCAAAGUUCUAUCUAGAAGGAACAACUUUCUCAUCUACUUCUGUUCAACUCCUGUUAAUCUUGACUCCAUUAAACCUAGGCUAAUUCCUUCUUCUUCCAUUCAAUUUGUGGAGCUUCAUCUUCCUUCUUCUCCUGAAUUUCCUCCCCAUCUUCACACAACAAACGCCCUUCCCCCUCGCCUUACGCCCACCCUCCACAAAGCCUUCGCUGCGGCUGCCUCACCCUUCGAGGCAAUUUUACAAACACUAUGUCCGCAUCUCCUCAUUUAUGACUCUCUGCAGCAAUGGGCACCACAGAUAGCUUCCUCCCUCAAUAUUCCUGCUAUCAACUUCAAUACAACCGCAGCUUCCAUCAUCUCUCAUGCUCUUCACAAUAUCAACUAUCCGGAUACUAAAUUCCCACUCUCAGAUUGGGUUCUUCAUAAUUACUGGAAAGGCAAAUACACCACCGCCAAUGAAGCCACUUUAGAAAGAAUCCGCCGAGUUAGAGAAUCGUUUCUGUAUUGCUUGAGUGCUUCUCGCGAUAUAACUCUGAUAAGUAGUUGCAGAGAGAUUGAGGGAGAAUACAUGGAUUACCUCUCUGUUCUGUUGAAAAAGAAAGUAAUCGCAGUUGGUCCUUUGGUAUACGAGCCAAGAGAGGACGAUGAAGAUGAAGAUUAUUCAAGGAUCAAGAAUUGGUUGGACAAAAAAGAAGCAUUGUCGACGGUUCUGGUAUCAUUCGGAAGCGAAUUCUUCCCGUCGAAAGAAGAAAUGGAAGAAAUCGGGUGCGGAUUAGAAGAGAGUGGAGCUAAUUUCAUAUGGGUGAUCAGGUCUCCGAAAGGAGAAGAGAAUAAGAGGGUUGAGGAGGCGUUGCCGGAAGGAUUUGUGGAGAAAGCGGGAGAAAGGGCAAUGAUAGUGAAAGAGUGGGCGCCUCAGGGGAAGAUAUUGAAGCAUCGGAGCAUUGGAGGAUUUGUGAGUCAUUGUGGAUGGAAUUCGGUGAUGGAGAGUAUAAUGCUUGGAGUACCUGUAAUAGCGGUUCCGAUGCAUGUGGAUCAGCCGUAUAACGCCGGACUUGUGGAAGAAGCAGGGCUCGGAGUGGAGGCGAAGCGAGAUCCCGACGGCAUGAUACAGAGAGAGGAAGUAGCAAAGCUGAUUAGAGAAGUAGUAGUAGACAAAAGCCGAGAAGACUUGAGGACGAAGGUAAUAGAAAUGGGUGAGAUUUUGAGGAGUAAAGGAGAUGAGAAGAUUGAUGAGAUGGUGGCUCAAAUUUCUCUCUUGCUUAAAAUAUGAAUAUAUCAAAAAAAAAAAUUAUAAUCCCAAAAUGGGUACCAAAAAUAAUAAAAAUUGUUAUAAACCAAAAGUUAAUUCCUUAUAUUAUAUGUUUUAACAUUUAUAAAUUUAAUAUUCAAUCAUAUAACGUGUCUCCUCGA